UCGUGGUUAGACGUCCAAAUAUCGGACCAAGUUUGCACGUCGUGGAAAUGUCCAGAACUGCUCAUGGACCGACGGACGCAGUAUAGACACGAUCUGCACGUCCAUCAGACGUCUAAUGUUUAGUGGGUUGGUCAGUGAAAAAAGAAACUUUAAAUUAGCAGGUUUUUAAAUGAAGAUCAACAAACGAAAGAGGACUUUGGCAACAGACGGAGCAGAUGUCCAGCAGAGGGGAGAUGGUCCUGAUGAGCGGCCUGGAUCCAAACCCUGCAGCGUCGACCUGUGGUAAACCUCAGGUGUUUGACUUUUCUCCACCUCCACAGCAGCAGUACCUGAAUCUGACCAGCUGGGGGCGGAGCAACACGACACACACUCAGACCGCGGCUGCUUCCAUCCAUCCUCUCAUCCCUCUCCUCCUCUACAGUGACAGACACUUCCCUCCAUCCUCCCCAUACAACCAGCCAAUCAGCGCAUCCGCUGCCCGACAGGCCGACGCCCACUCCAGGACACAACCCCAUUACCACGGUAACAGUGUCAGCAGACAGGUGGUGAAGAAGCCUCUGAACGCCUUCAUGCUCUACAUGAAGGAGAUGAGACACAAAGUGCUGCAGGAAGGACGAGAGAGAGAGAGCGCCGCCAUCAACCGCAUCCUGGGACGCAGGUGGCACGCUCUGUCCCACUCUGAACAGUCCAAAUAUUACGAUCUGGCUCAGAAGGAGAGACUGCUCCACAUGCAGCUUUAUCCUGGAUGGUCGGCCAGAGAUAACUACGGUAAAAGGAAGAGGAAGCGGAGCCAGCAGUCGGUGGGAAGCUGCCCCAGGUCGGAUUGAAAGGAAAGAAACAAGUCCAGCUAGA